AUGUAUUUGCAGUUUCAAGUACGAAGACACUUUUCGAAAUUCACGACACUAUACAAAAGCAAAGACGUUAAGCCGCUUUAUCGUCCUCAUCAUGCAAAUCCCAAGAAUGGAAUACGAUCAUUUGAAAAGAAUUUGCCUGCUGCCAAAAAGGAGUUAAAGCCAUGGGAACAAGAGGGAAUCAGUAAGGAUAGGUUUUUCAAGCGCAAGUAUGGACAUAUGCCUGACGAAAGGCGGAAAGCUUUGCAGGAGAAAGUUGCAAGGCAAAGAAGGUACAGGGAGAUGAAGAAGGCUCAUGAAAAACAAAAGUUGGAGUCAACAGAGGGGUUCAAAAGGUCAAGAGAAGAAAUCAACUACAACGGGCCAAGUGCUAAGGAGGUUAUGGAGAGUGGCACAAAUAGUGGAGGUUUGAGUACUUUUUUCGAAUUUGUCUAUGGUACUCAUCCUAUAAAAUCUGUCUUGCAAGCUCGCAAAAGACCAAUUUUGGGUCUUUACACAUUCAAUGCCGAUGAUGAUAAUGGAGUCAUCAAACAAGCCAAAAAAGAGUACGGUGUCAAGGUACAGCAAGUGAGGGACAAGAAUGCGUUAAAUAUAUUGUCCAAGAACGGAGUCCACAACGGUUUGGUAUUGAAAACGAAAGCUUUGGAUGUUCCUUAUAUCAAAAGCUGUGGCCAUGUAGAAAAUGGUAGUUACAAGAUCACGGUUGAAGAUGAAGAUGGGGUGGAUGUGGAAAAAGAAAGAUCUGUCUUGAGAAAGCAAGACGAGGAUGAGCUUUUUCCAUUGGCCUUAUACUUGGACGAAAUCACAGAUCCUCAGAACAUGGGUUCUAUCUUGAGAACUGCAUACUUCUUUGGUGUUGAUUUCAUUGUUAUACCAGACCACACUACUGCAAAAUUGGGCCCUGUGGCCAAUAAAGCCUCGUCCGGGGCGUUGGAUCUUAUUGAUAUUUACCAAACUGAUAGAAGCUUAAAGUUUAUUGACUCUGUACGUGAGAAUGGCUGGAAUGUAAUUAGCACAAGUGCAAAACCUGAUGAAUCAAAUCUUGAUGAGUUAAAAGAUAAGAAUUACAAGGUUGAAAUGAGCUUGAAGGAUAAAUUCAUUAACCUAGGGGAUUUGAAAACAGUAUUGAAGCGAACUCCAGUAAUGUUGGUUAUCGGUAGUGAGGGAAAGGGGGUGAGGACCAAUAUGAAGUUGAGAAGUGAUUUUCUUGUUGGAGUACAAAAGUACAGAGAAAAUGAUGACAUCGUGGACUCGUUAAACGUUGGAGUUGCAACUGGUGUUAUAAUCCAAAGCUGCUUGUGA